ACGGUCAAACAAAGAUGGCGGCUUCGGUUGGAGGGUUUCUGAUAUUACAUCUCUUCUGUUUAUUGUUCUUAUGCACUGCCGUCACUUCUAACGAAAAUACAACGGGCUACAACUUCGGCACAACCGUAUUUGAUGACAGAAAUACAACAUUUGAUGCAGUUGAAAAUUAUACAACUACACAACCGACACAGUUGGAUUCUUCAACCCAAACAUCGACGCCGAGCAGCACCGAGGAGACCGACCAACCGACCUUACCCUCCGAACCUCUGCCCGUCUCCGGCCGCCUGCUCACUCCCGUCACCAACGUCCGCAGGUUGUGUCCCUGUGAUCAACACAAAGAUGUGUGUGAUAUUAACUGCUGCUGUGACACAGAGUGUGGUGAGGAGGUGUCUCUGUUCACCAGCUGCUCUGUGGAGACUGUCAGGGAAAACCAGCAGAUGUGCAGCCAUGAUGUAGCAUCCUACUCUUUACAGACUAGGAUUGACGGAUUCUCAGAGAUCCAGUCAUCCUCCAGGAAGGAGACUAAUUAUGAUGUCCUGUGCAUUCAGUCACAGAAUCGUGUUGAUGGAUUCUCUCAUCCCUCACCUGCUCUCCCAACUGACAGAAACUUUGACUCCCUUUUCAAAAAAUUUACCAGCUUUGUUUUUGGCUCAGAGGAGAGCAGGGAAGAUUCAUCCGCUUCAGAGCUCCAGACUUCAUCUGGAUAUCAGUACGGAGACGUGAUGGUGACAGCAGCACAGAACGGACAGAGAGGGAUAUUCAUGCUGCCAGCUUCUGGAGUCACCACUGAUUGUGUGGAUAGUAGUCCUGCAGCGUUUCUACAGGAUCAGAGCACUCGUUGUUCCCGGAAGGUGGUCCUGGAUCAGGACUGCAGCGGUCUGCCAGCUCUCAGUGUGGAAACCUACACAAACAUCCAGCUCUUAUCUGGGAAGAGUAAAGAUGCAGUGGUUGUGUCUGUGGAGUUGGCCUCCAUUGUCCUGCAGUCUGUGGAUGGGACUCAGUCCGGGCUUCAGAUCAGUGGUGAUGAAAACUUCAGCCCAGUUCUCCUGAAUCCGACCCUCUGUGCUAAUACGGUGCUGAAGGUAUUUUAUAGGAUGAAGUACAACCCAGCUGGAGAGAUCAUGAAUGUGACGUUGUCUCUUGUGCUUGGAUUUGUGAAUGAAGCAGCACUGAAUCUUGAGCAGGAGUUUCAUAUCACAUUUGUGCAGGAAGGUCAGGAGGAGGCUGUUUUCCCCUCCAGUGGAAAUCCAGGUUAUGUGUUCGGACUUCCUCUUGUGUCUGGAACAAAAACAGUAGAUGGGAUUGUCAGAAGCAUUGACCCCAGAGACACUCUCUCUCUCCUGCACAGCGCUCACAACCAGGACUGUCUUGGAGGACGACAUCAGCGUUCACCGAUUUUGUUCGGUCUGGACUCUGUGUCCGGCUGCACACUAAGACUGGCCGACGCAGUAAACUGCUCACAGGUCCAUCAGGUGCUCUUGGACGUUCUGAGGGGGCCAAACUAUCCACAGUACGUGGCUUCAUUUGGAAACUCAGCGCUAGGCUCUCCCCUGGACUGGGUGCCCAUUAAGAGCAACGUGAACCUUGGGGAAGCACAGAGUUGCAGCAUACCAUUGUCUCUUCAUUUAGAAAUCCAGUGGACCAAAUAUGGAUCCUUGGUGAACCCCCAGGCUCAGAUAGUGAGCGUCAAUGAAAUCAUCCAAACCAACACCAGCAGUUUGGCUCUGCUCUCUGCAGGCAGCAGCAUCCUGCCAGUCAGCACCUCAGUGAGCUUCACACCUGUGUCUGCACCCGCUCUUCCUGGUUACAGAGCCAUGCCCACCUUCAACGCCAAACUGCCUUUCCACUUCUUCUACCCUUUUGUCUGAAAAUGUUUGUCAGACCUAUCUCUGUAUGUCAUGUAAAUAAUGUAUAUACAAGUUUUAUA